CGAGUGAACCGUUAGCAGCAGCAGCCAGAAGACGAGCUGCCCAGUGCAAAGCAACCAAGAGUGAUAAAUACAGAAUCUAUAUAGUUGAUAGAUAGAAACACUCGACGAGUCAAGUGAUUCAGUGUAAAGUGUGUGAUCCAGAGCCAAGACCCUUGGGAUUAUUACGGAAUAUUACAUACAAAAAUGCACAUCCAGCCAGUUGUUCUCCUAGUCCUGGCUGUGGCCACUGGCCUAUGGGCCAGCGUAGAGGGAGCGGCCACCGGAUCACCCUCGGCCACGGCCACCACCGCCAAGCCCAAGGGAUUUGAGGCACGCUCUUUGGAUGUCAACUCCAGUGGAGGCGAGGAGGAGCUCGAUGACUUUGAGACACAGGCCCAGACGCAUCUGGCCUACCGUCAGCAGCCGCAGCAGCAGCAGCGUCAGCUGUACGAGUACAGUGAGGAGGAUCAGGAGGAGGCACCGCGUCAGGUGUAUGUCAAUCGGAAUGCCAAGCAGCAAAGCAACUAUCUCAAGAUCCAGGGACAGCAAAAGAAGCCGCUGAGCGAGGAGAGCGAAGAGGAGGAGGAAGAGGUCGAGGAGCCGGACCGUCUCUCCACGCUGCUAAGCAAGUCCUCCUUCAGCUGCACGGACAGGAACUCCGGGUACUAUGCCGACGAAUCUCUGAGCUGUGAGGUGUUCCACUACUGCCAGGAUAGCCAGAAGCACUCGUGGAUCUGCCCCGAGGGCUUCACAUUCCAUCAGAUCCACCUGAUCUGCAUGCCGCCCUCGCACGACAACAUCUGCAAGCAGUCCUCCAAGUACCACAUCGUGAACGACUACCUGUACAAGCCGAUCAACCUGCAGGAGCACCAGAGCAAGCCCAAUGUGACGCUGCGCUACUCGGAGCGCUACUUCCCGGAGAACUACUACGAGCACGAGCGCUACGACGACGAGGAGGAGGAAGAGCUGCCCGCCCCAAGGCCACGCAUCCAGCACCAGCAGCAGCAGCACCAUCACCAGCCUCAGCCUCAGCAACAUCGCCAGGCUGUGACCUACCAGCAGCCCCAACAGCAGCCCCAGCAGGUUAGGGUGCAGUACCAGCAGCCUCAGCCUCAACACCAGCAACAGGCACAGCCUCAGCCACAAGUGGUCACCCAGAUCCGACACCAGCCGCAACCUCAGCCCACUACCCUGGCCUACCGGAAGCCAUUGCCAGCGACCACAGUCCAGCCGCAGCUGCAGUUGCAUCAGCUGCACCAGCCCCAGUUGCAGCUGCACCAGCAAAGGCCACAGACGCUAGCGCCGACCGUGACGCCGGCGCCGUAUCGCUUCUUCACCACCGCCCCCCAGCUGCAGCAUCUGCAGCCGCAGCAGCAGCAGCACCCGCACCAGCAGGUCUUCCGCACUCCCGAGGAGAUAAACAUUUCGUUGCAGCAGCGCCGGCCGCAGGUGUUCAUUGCCACAACGCCGAGGUACUACGAGGACGAGUACCUCUAUGAGCGGCGGAAGUGAGCGGGGACUGCGGCGUCCGGUGUGAGCAGAAAACAGUCUUGUCGUUCCCUCGGAUCCGAUCCACCUCUCGUGUACAUUCCCU